UUGCUAGCGAGGGUGAAGGGCUCCUUCCUUCCGCUGGGCGUCCAGGGGGUGGGUCAGGAGGACCUCGGGGAGCCCCCCCCCAAAGGGCUGACGUCUCUUGUGGCUUCUCCGGCAGCACCUGCGGCUUUCCCUGACGGAGCGGGGCCAGUGCCGAGUCCAGCAUCUGCACUUCUCCUCCAUCCUCGACAUGCUGCACCACUUCCAGCACUGCCCCAUUCCCCUGGAGUGUGGCGCGGCCUGCAACGUCCAGCUCUCCCGGCACGUGGUGGUCAUCCCCCCUCUGCAAGCCUCCGGCCACCCAGUCGCCUUCCCGCCGUCCGUCCACCACUGCCCGCCGGAGGUCAGCUUCGUCCAGCUGAGUCCGUCUGGCUGCCCCCGGAUCCACCUGCCCGACAACCUUCGCCGCCACUCCGUGGAGCAGAUCUUCCACCUGGUGCCCCCCCCGGAGGAACUGGCCAGCAGCCUCCAGCACGGCCCCAGCACGGCCGCCCCAGCCCCUUCGCCCGCGGCCCGUCAGUGGGACAGUGACUACGAGAUGGACGUGCAAAACCGGGCGCACCUCCGGGCGGUCAGCAACCAGUACACCUCCCUCUGACCCCGCUGGGGGAGCCCCCUCCCCCCCCAGGCCUUUGCCCAGGACAUUGAAGGCCCCUGCCGGACAGACUCCCCCCUUCCAGCUGCAAUGGACUAGUGGGCCGGACGUCUCUUUCCCGCCAGGAUCCCUCCGGCCUGCGAGUUUCCUCCGCCUCUCAUCGGUUUGCACAGCUUCCUUUCCCAUUCAGCCUUUAUUUCUUAUUUUGGGUGGUACCUGUGAGGUUUGGAGUGGCCAGUUGGAGGGUCGUAGUAGCCCCGAUGCCCUGGGAGAACAACUCCUGUUAAAGCCAAAAUUCCUCUCCUUUUCCCUCCCUCCCUCCCUCAUCCUUCCUCCCUCCCUGCCCUCU